AAGGUCAUGAGAGGUCACAAUGUCACCAUUCAUUGUCGGGUCAGAAAUCUAGGUGCCUACAAUGUAUUUUGGUUAAAAGAUUCAACUGUAUUAUCUUUAAACCAUCUGAUAAUGACAAGCAACGAUCGUUAUUCCAUCGUAGGGCGUUAUAAUCUACAGAUAAACGAUGUUGAAGAUGGGGACGAGGCGAAAUAUCAAUGUCAAGUCAGCUCUUUCCCUCCUAUUUCACAGUUUCACUCCAUCAUGGUCACUGUUCCCCCAACUGUAGAAAUGGUGAACAAGACCAAAGUUGUAGAGGCUACCCUAGGAGAUGAUAUCGUAUUCCAGUGUACGGCUACAGGUCGACCACACCCUAAUAUUACCUGGGUCAGACAGGAUAAAAUGAUGCCGUAUGGAGAAGACUAUAUAUUUGGUGAUACAUUAAGACUAUCUAGUCUAGAGUAUAAUCAUGGUGGUCUAUAUAAAUGUAUAGCUAGUAAUGAUGUUGGUGAUGAUGCAGAAGACUCAGUUAGACUCAAGGUCUUCUAUGCUCCUAAAAUCUAUACAGAAGAGAAAGUAAUCAUCACAGGGCCUGGAGAAGAAGUGUCUGUCCCGUGUCUAGCCAGCGCCCAGCCCUCACCCAAGGUGGAAUGGAGACACAAUGGAGAUAAGAUAAGUCUACGAAGUCUCCCUCAGAAUAAAGAACUCCGUGCUGUGGAGCAAGGGUUUAAAACAGACUACACACUGUACAUCAAGAGCCUUCAAGAUUCUGAUUUUGGGAACUAUACUUGUGUGGUGAAAAACAAUAGAGGAAAAGCUAUCCAUAAACUGGUCUUAACACCGUUGCCAAGUAAGAGUGAAAUUAUGAGUGAUAUCAAGGGGAACUACUCUAAUGUAUUUGAAUUAGAAUGGAUGACGGUAUCCGUGGUGAAGUUAGAUAAUUAUAAAUUAAUGAUCAGAAAUGUAAGUCAAUUAGUUAUCAACGAGACUUUAACAGGAAAUUGGAGUGAAGUUGAUAUCGAGGCUGACAUGACGUCUGGUCCAAUCCAUUCUCAAUCUUACAUGGUCAAAGAUCUAGAACCAGAGACUAUGUAUGAAGUUAUUUUACAAGCACAUAAUAAUUACGGUUGGGGAGAA